CCUCUUCUUGCCAGCCAAUGGGAGCGGCCUGCGUGGCCUUCGAGGGGGCGGGGCGGAGCGCUUAGCUCGUGAGUCCAGGAAGGCGCGUGGUGCUGGCCCCUCCUCUCACAGCUGCGGGUCCCGGCCGAACCGACAGAAGAUGGGGGCUCCGGCAACGAGGCGCUGCGCGGAGUGGUUGUUGGGCCUCUAUUUCCUCACCCACAUCCCCAUCACCCUGUUCCUGGACCUGCAGGCGGUGCUGCCGCGCGAGCUCUACCCGGUCGAGUUUAGAAACCUGCUGAAGUGGUAUGCUAAGGAGUUCAAAGACCCGCUGCUACAGGAGCCCCCAGCCUGGUUUAAGUCCUUUCUCUUCUGUGAGCUUGUGUUUCAACUGCCUUUCUUUCCCAUUGCAACAUAUGCCUUUCUCAAAGGAAGCUGCAAGUGGAUUCGAACCCCUGCAAUCAUCUACUCAGUUCACACCAUGACAACUUUAAUUCCAAUACUCUCCACAUUUCUGUUUGAGGAUUUCUCCAAAGCCAGUGGUUUUAAAGCACAAGGACCUGAGACUUUGCAUGAACGGUUAACCCUUGUAUCUGUCUAUGCCCCCUACUUACUCAUCCCAUUUGUUCUUUUAAUUUUCAUGCUCCGGAGUCCCUACUACAAGUAUGAGGAGAAAAGAAAAAAAAAAUGACGGAAACAACCACUGGCCCAGGGUAGACAUGCCUACAGGGCAGUUGCUUGUUGGAUACAAGGAACACUGCUCAGAAUCCACGUCGUCAGCAGCAUUUGAAACACUGGCAACAACAUACAAGAGCAAGAUGGUAUCAGGAACCAUGUCAAACCCUCUUUUUU